GUCCGCUUUAGCGGUGACGUCUAAUCCGCCCAGCUCAGCGGUGUCGAGGCUCGCCUCUCAUUUCCACACUACUUCACCCCGAAACACGCCAUCUAGUUGGCCGACGAUGCUGGGGCGUCCUCUGCGGAGAGGGGGGCAAGGGGGCAACAAGCUGGUGAAACCUGCACCCUCUUGAGAAGUUCGUUUUGCUGUUUUGCCAGCAAGGCGACGUGGACGUCCCUCUCUCUACCCGCGCGGAUAGGGGAUGCAAAUUUCUGUUUAUCUUGGCUUCACUAUGUAGUCCUGUCACGCACGUUCGCUCUCGUUGCAGUGAAUAAUUGCAUCCGAGCUUAGCCGCAGGUUGACACCUGUUUUGCGGAGAGUUGCUGUCGGCGGUUUCUGCUCAGGCUCAAAUUGUGCAACCCUACGACUGCGAGCAUUUCCGCUUUUGCCGUCGCCUUCAGCCAGUCGAGUAGUUCGCGCUAUCCUCUCCCCGCUUCAAUGAAGUGUAUCCGAGCGCUGGCCGUGUUUGCCGCCGCCCUGGCCAUGGGCGUGGCUGCGGAUGACGAUCCCGCUUACUACUGUGACUCGGACUCGUACUGCGAAAAGAACUAUCCGGGUACGGCAUGCAUCUCCGUUAACAACUAUGGUGACGUGGUCUCCAAGUGCACGCCCAACACGGCCAAGCGUCCAGCCUGCCGCGGUGCCACGCCGGGCCUGUGUCCGUCAUACCAGAGCGCCGACAUCGGCUACCUGAACGCCCACUGCGUCUUCGUGUCCGAGGAGAACCUGUCGCUAUCUUCCAGUGGCUCAGGCUCUGGCCGCCGUCGCCUGAUGGGUGCAGCAUCGAACUCCUCGGCUGCGGCAAGCGGUAGCGCUGCGGCCUCGUCUACUACGUCGUCUGGCUCUGCGGAAGCCACGUCUACGGCAUCUUCUGCAGAAACGUCAUCGACGGAUAGCGGAAGCGAGGACUCGACGGCCACCGAGAGCGGCAGUGGUGCUAACGCCUUGUACUCCGUCACCAUUGACGGAGAGAAGGUGAGCGGCCAGUUUGUCUGCUUAGAUGUGUCGGACUGUGCCAAUAAGGCCGCCGACCCCAGCACGUGUGAGCCCACUACAUGCCAAGCUCCUGACUCCAAGGAAGUGUGUACUUACCACGGCACUUGCACGUACAAGAACAAGAAGAAAAUCACCAAGCGUAGCUGCAUGUGCUACGCUGGCUUCGAGGGCGACAAGUGCGAGAAGGAGGUCUCGAACGCUUGUGACGUGGACUGCGGCACUGGUGGUGACUGCGUGGACGGCGAGUGCGUGUGUAAGGAAGGAUUCGACGGCAAGGAGUAUGACGGCAAACAAGGUAAACCCAACCAGCGCUGCACGCUCUGCACGAACGACCUGGCCUGCCAGAACGGCAACACGUGCAACACGGAGACGGGUAAGUGCAUCUGCGGUCCUGGUUACAGCGGAGACACGUGCGGUGCUACAGAGGACUCGUGCACAACCCGCACGGAUUGCGGUAUUGGGGCGUGCCAGGUGCUGGCCAACGGAUCUUCUGCUUGCUACUGCCCCAUGUGCAGCCCCUCGUGCACGCUGUGCGACAUUACCGGUAACUCGUCCUUUGACUGCUCGACAUGCCCCACCGACUCCGCCAUGACCAUGCAGUCCUCCAAGCUGCUGGUGUUUGCGUCGAUGUUGGUCGCGGUCAUGCUCGCCAACUUGGCUCUGUAAGAGACCACCCCACUCGAAUAGUAGUACGGCCCACCAUGGGAACACCAGCCAGCAGGGGCUGCUUGGCUCACUAAUUACGUAACAUGAUCAUUUACCAACUUUUCUUAGGGUGUUGUGCCAGACACAACCCACGUCGUCUCAGUCGAUGCAGUUUCCAGCUUUGAUCAAGCUGCUUAGGAUGCUGUCUGCUCAGUUUUGCCACAGACGAGCUGUUUUUCUCGAUUGGAGAUACGAUAUCAGUUUUUUUUCUCUGUUGUGCAUUCGAACACAUUCGUGAGCUGGUUUCUGAGUUAAACACUGCCUUAUUGCGAUACAUGUACUGCUCACAACUUCGCUUUUACUACUAGUAGUAGAUGAAAAGCUCUUGAGAAUCCUCCGUAAGCUGUCGCUAAUACUAUAUAGUACUUGAAAUACUACAGUACAUAGUAAAUCGUUUACCCA